AGCAGCAGCGGCAGUGACAGGAGAAUCAGUAGCGCACAGUUUCACUCUUCACUCGCGACUCUUUGCGGGAAACUUAUUUUAAACACAUGUCUAGUCUGUAACGACUUAAGACGACUUAGUGAGCAGUUAAAGUAACAUCAUAGACGUAAAUAUAGGCGUGGAUUUGAUCUUCAUUUCGCUUUUUUAAUACUAACAAGUUUAGGAAUAAUCUAUUCAUUAAAAUAAAGAAAAGGACGACUGGGAUUUGUUGCGUUAAAGCGGCGAUCAUUUUCUUGUAAUGUUAGUAAAGUUCUCCAGGUAGUGUAUAGAUUAUAAAGAAGACAGACAGCGACUAGACAGUUGCUGUAAAGUGAGUAAAAACGGCAUUAAUACACAGGUGACUGCGGCUCAAAGCUGUCGGAGGACAUGGACUCUACAAAGGCUGGUGGAGUAAUAGCAUACAUUAGCUCCUCAAGCUCGGCCUCCAGUCCAGAGUCAUGUCACAGUGACUCCUCCAACAGCAGCUAUCAGUCCUGCUCCCCGCCUCACAGAGCCUCACCCAGUCAUCGCCAGGGCCAACAGAGCGAGCCCCUUCCUGUGGCCCCUCAUGCCCGCCCACCCAGGCAUGGUGGAGGGAAGGCACGAUCACCAUCCUCAGCCAAAAGUGGAAUUACUAAGAUUAAUGGUCUGGUGCUGCUAUGUAAAGUGUGUGGAGAUGUGGCUUCGGGAUUUCACUACGGCGUUCACGCCUGUGAGGGCUGUAAGGGUUUCUUCAGGAGGAGCAUUCAGCAGAACAUUCAGUAUAAGAAGUGCCUUAAGAACGAAAGCUGUCCCAUCAUGCGCGUCAACAGGAACCGAUGCCAGCAGUGCCGUUUUAAGAAGUGUCUGCUCGUGGGCAUGUCCAGAGAUGCUGUCCGCUUCGGCCGGAUUCCCAAACGCGAGAAGCAGAGGAUGCUGCUUGAGAUGCAGAAUGCCAUGAACAACAUGAUGAAUAACAGCAAUGGCAACCAGCCGCUGUCUGUUUGCAACCAGACUCCUCCUCCGGACAGCGGCUCCGGACCCUCCUCUCGAUCUCCCUCCGCUUCCCCCAGGAGCAACCGAUCCGAAUCCAGUCCUGCCCCAGAGCUGCUGGUCACUAUGGAUACCAGCAUGAGCUCAGAUUCUUCCAGUGCCACCGACAGCGGGGAGGAGGAGGUCAUUGGCACCGUCACCAGGGCACACCAGGAGACAUUCAUGUACAAUCAGGAGCAGGGCAAUGUGCCUUCAGAGGCCCCUAAAAACUACAGCCAUCACACAGAGGAGAGACAAGAGGUUUGGAACCAUCAGAUCAAUGCAUCCUCGGUGACCAAUCAGAAGCCUCUAUCAGGCUCUGUUGCACAAGACUCCAGCCACGAAUGUAGUACUCUGAGCGGCUGCCCUGUCCGAGUGGCCAACGGCUGCCCCGCCGGGCCAUCCCUACACAAUCUCUCUAUGAGAGCUCAGAAUGACCCGCAUGCCAACGGCAGCUAUAGUGUCCCGGCGAUGCACAUGUCCCGAUGUGCUAGUGGAAACAGGACGCACCUGGUUUGUCCCAUGAAUACAUCACCCUACGUGGACCCUCAGAAGGCAGGUCACAGUAUUUGGGAGGAGUUUUCCAUGAGUUUCACCCCAGCUGUCAGGGAGGUGGUGGAGUUCGCGAAACGCAUUCCUGGAUUCAAAGAUCUAUCCCAGCAUGACCAGGUCAGCCUGCUGAAGGCCGGCACCUUUGAGGUGCUGGUGGUGCGUUUUACAUCCCUGUUUAAUGUGAAGGAGCGCUCGGUCACGUUUCUGAGUGGCAGAAAGUAUAGCGUAGAGGCUCUGCGGUCUAUGGGUGCUGGAGACCUCCUCAACUCAAUGUUUGACUUCACUGAGAAACUACAAGCUCUGAACCUUAGCGAGGAGGAGAUGAGUCUUUUCACAGCCGUAGUGCUUGUGUCAGCAGAUCGUUCCGGUCUUGAAAACGUUAACUCGGUUGAGGCGCUACAGGAAACUCUCAUUCGAGCUCUACGCACCUUGAUCACCAAGAACCACCCCAAUGAGAUCGCCAUCUUCACCAAACUGCUCCUCAAACUGCCUGACCUGCGCUCUCUCAACAACAUGCACUCCGAGCAGCUCCUGGCCUUCAAGGUCCAACCAUGACCACCCACCCGCUGCCCCCAUAAACUGUGGACCACGCUCCCCCUCCGAUUCCAGAACCUGUCUGCCUCUGCAGUCCGCUCGGCCGGGAAAAAAGCUUUUUUUAAGUCAACUUGACUUGAGAAUUUCAAAGUGAAAUCCAGUGGACUGAUGAAGGUCUGUGGAGGAAGGAGGGGAGGGCAGAAACGUAAAAAGUUAUUGUACUGUAAAACGAUAUCGCCGCCUCUGUUUGUUCUAAUACACACAAACUCAAAGGUUUCGUUGUAGAUGCUUACGAGAGUUUGUAAGGUUACGAGGUCUGUGUGUUUGCAGGGGCAACUUGAAUUUGUUUGUAGAUUUAUGCCGUCUGUGCAAUAAGUGACACGUUCACUGUUUUUGGAUUGUUAGUUUUUUGGUCUGUUAAUCGUUUCAGAAAUUGGCUGUGUACCUGUGGCCAUAUGAAAGCCGGGUGGUUUUGCUGAGCCGAUGAUGGGAUUUUUCCCAAACACAGCUGGACAUCCAUUAUAAUUUAUAACUAAAAAUGGAGGAAUGUGGAACAAGCUGCUAAUCAAAGCUUUCCAAUCGAAAGACACAGGAAUGUUUAACGGAUAAAUAUAUAUUUUUUAUAGUCUUAAAGUCUCUUGUAAAGUGAAGCCGCUUUCUCUGUGUGCCCUAAACGUACUGUACAUGACUUAGUAAAGAACAUAAGUUAGUUAAACUGUUUGUGUAUUUAUAGCUACCCGAAUAAUGACACAUGGCACAGAUAUUUGAAGGUACCUCUAAGGUUUACUACUGCCAAAGAAUGCCCAACCGGAUUGUGCACUCGCAGUGUGUUGGCCAAGCAUUUGCAUACUUCCAUAAAGGAUUUUAGAUCUGCGUAAUGGUGCAUCUGUGUAUGUUUUAAGGCGGGCGUAGGGCUUUUAGUAACGACAAAAUGUUUGAUGAUUCUAAAUAACUAAAGGAGGAGAACAAAAUGUACCUAAAGGAAUCUUGCAUAAACCUCACAUUGAUACUGAUGGGACAAAGCCAUCCCGAGUGAUGCCAUAAUGUAUACAUAUAGCUGAGGCCACACCCUGACUGACACCUGAUUAUUUGAUUGGUAAUAAGGUUGAAUAUUUAUGGUGAUUUUUUUGGUGUGUUGGGACAAUGUUUUUUUUUAAUUACAAUUCAAAUGUAAUUUGUUUUGAAUGUGUUUUUGUAGUUGCUUUGAGCAAGUCUAAAUGAAAGUAUAUCGUGGAAUUAUUGUUUUUCUGUGUUAGUGAACUGUGUGUAUUAUCACACACUGUUGGACCAGACCCAGGAGGAGGAAAUGGGAAACAGGCAAUAACCCAAAACCAUUACUCUGGCGAUGCCUCAUGGUCUGUUUUAUUGGGUCAGUCCAUUGCAGAAUACAAAUAUCAAGGAAAAAUGAUGUUUAGAGUAUCUCUGUUUGGUGAUGAUGUUCCUGUGUUAGUGUUCAACCUUGCGGCUCACCCGGCGUCAGCAGCGUGUUGCCAUAUUCCAGUCUGUGUGUUAUCUUCUGUGAAAGCAUUGUAAGAUAGCUAGAUUUAUAUGCAUUUAAAUAUAAUAUAUAUAAUUAGAAAACAAAAAAUAAACAG